CAAGCCCCUAUUGGGGCUGGUCCCCUACUGGUCCACAUAUACCGUAUAUAUACCUGAGCAGGUACCAGUCACCGGCACUGAAGGUGUUUUACCAAACGCUGAGAGAGCCAUGGUCUUGGCUGAGGGUCCACCAUACAAGAUGAGUGCCUUGGACACCGACAUCAACCAGCAUUUCCAGGAUGCAAUAGAUGUUAUCCAGCAUCACUCGGAGAGCCCUUACAGCGACCCAGGGUAUAAAUACUACGAGACGCUGGGGACACACCAGCCGCUGGGCUGUCAGAUCUCCUGUUACCUGGUGACGCCCACCCACCCCGACACCCCGAGCCCCGUGUACGACUGGACCAGCCAGCAGUCGUGGCCCCCGGGGGUCCCUGAAGUCUCGGUGGGUCAACCCGUAGCACUUGAGCCCCCCCAGUUCUACCCCGUCCUACCGGUUCCCAGACACGGAAAAGGUCGCAAGAAGCUGCGUCUGUACGAGUACCUGCACGAGGCGCUGAGCGACCCGGCCAUGGCCGACUCCAUCCAGUGGACCGACACGGCCAACGGCACCUUCCACUUCGUCUCCAAGAACAAGGAGCGGCUGGCCGAGUGCUGGGGCCAGCGCAAGGGCAACCGCAAGACCAUGACCUACCAGAAGAUGGCUCGCGCCCUGCGCAACUACAGCCGCAGCGGCGAGAUCAUCAAGGUGCGCCGCAAACUCACCUACCAGUUCAACCCGGCCAUCCUCCAGAGGCUGGGCGGUAUAGACCAGGGGCCCCAGCUGAGGGCCCCCGCCAACCCCUCCGGGCCGGGCGGAGCCCAGGGACCGCCUGGGGAGCCCGCGUCUUAUGGGCCUGAUUGGUACAGCUGGUAUGGGCACUACCCUCUGCAGGAACAGUGGUUUUCGGCCACGGACCCACGACACCUUUGACGGAAAGACAAAACAGGAGAUUGCCACCGUUUCGUCCGCGUUCGUUUUGUACAGACUUGAAUUUGGUUUUAAAGCAGCAGUAGCAUUUGCUUCUUUUGUUGUGUCAUUAGUAAGCGUCAUCAUUAUUAACUAAUAAUAUAACUUAAUUCUAACUAACUUUGUUCAAAGUUUGUUAUAAGUGUAGCAAUGCCGUUUUUUUUUAAUUAUAAUAUUCAGUAUAUACAGUAUGAUUUCGAAAUGUAUAAAGUUGUGUUAGUAUAUUAUAUUUAUGAUAUCGCUAUUUCUAUUUCAACGUGUUUUUCUGUCACUUUCUCAGUAUUAAUCCAGGGAAAAAAAACAUCAGCUUUAGGCUUAUUGUAUUUUGCCGUAUUGUUUUUUGC